AGCUCGGGUUGGCCCGGACAUCUGGGGCUGGGUGCAACCUUCAGCGGCAAACAAAACAUUGCCGCUGGGGCGUCCUGCGGCGAAAGGCCAGGGCAGACAUGAACAUGGAGGAGCUGGUGGAGGAGCUGGAGAGGAGCCAGCUCACUGGCGAGCACCUCUGGAGGCUGAACGAGGCAGUCUUCAACGUCGAGGAGGAUGCUCUCAUGCCGCUUUCGCGACGGAUCUUUCAGCUGGCGCUGCGGGUGCGCAAAGACUACCAGGCCGGCCGCUUCUACAAAGCAGAUCGCGGUGAGUAUCUGGCGCUGCUGGGCACGCUGCAGAAUCAGCGCUGCCUCACGGGCCGCCAGGGGGCCACCUUGCGGGCGGCCCUUGCGGAGGCUUUAGGCGCCGAGGCACAGGAGGCUCCGAAAGCCGGCAACUCCGAGGCCAAGCGCCGGCUUCAGGAGCAGAGCAAGGCGCUCGCAGCGCAGCUGGCGGAACUGAAGCGCCUGAAGGGCGCGGUAGAGACCUUCCUCACCUGGCAAGGACCGGAGCCAAAGGCAGCCGCAAAAGCCAAGGCCAAGGAGAUGGCGAAGAAGGAGAAGGGGAAAGAGAAGGAGCCGGAGGCGAGCCAGCCCAAGGCUGUCAAGGCGGGUACCUCGGGUUGA